GUCGAGUCGGGUUUCAAUAUACUCAAACCCGACCGAACCCGACCCGGUGUCAUCCCUAGACAUAGUUGGCCAGCAAUACACAUAUGGUCCUCCCCCUCCCCCACGCCAUAAAUUGCUUUUCCGCAUUUGAAAUGCCACAUUCCCAUUCAGGAAGACCCUACACCAAAUCUUGGCAUGUUAUGCCACAGGGCUCCCACCACGCUUAAACCUUAGCCCAGAAAGUUUGCGUUUUUUUCUCGUUAAUUUAAUUUUUCCCAUCGUUCAGAGAAAUGGAGCUCUGGGUUUCAUGCAGCCAUGGAUCUCCACCGUCGAUUUCAAGAUUCUUCAUCAAAGACGCCAUUUUCAUGGUCUUCUUCCUUUCCCUUUUCUGCUUUAGCCCUACAGAUGCUUAUGAUCCACUAGAUCCAAAUGGAAAUAUUACAAUCAAAUGGGAUAUUAUAAGCUGGACUGCAGAUGGAUAUCUUGCAAUGGUAGUGAUAAACAACUACCAGAAGUAUCGUCAUAUCCAAGCACCUGGAUGGAAAUUGGGAUGGGUAUGGGCAAAGAAAGAAAUAAUAUGGGACAUGGUUGGUGGUCAAGCCACAGAACAAGGGGAUUGCUCGAAAUUCAAGAUGAACAUUCCUCAUUGCUGUAAGAGGGACCCGACGGUUGUGGAUUUGAUGCCCGGUACUCCUUACAACAAGCAGGUUGCAAAUUGCUGUCGAGGCGGGGUACUCAACUCGUGGGUCCAGGAUCCAGAAACUUCUUUGAGUGCAUUUCAAAUAAGUGUUGGUCAAGCUGGGACAAGCAACAAAACAGUUUUAAUGCCCAAAAACUUUACCCUUAAGACCCCCGGUCCCGGGUACACUUGUGGGCCCGCUAAAAGCGCGUUGCCGACCAAGUUUUUGUCUCCAGACAAAAGGAGAUCCACUCAAGCUAUGAUGACAUGGAAAGUCACCUGCACAUAUUCUCAAUUUCUGGCCCAAAAGACGCCAACUUGCUGCGUCUCCAUGUCGUCCUUCUACAACAAUACAAUAAUCCACUGCCCAACGUGUACCUGUGGAUGUCAAAACAACAUAAACCAACCUGGGACUUGCAUAAGACCGGGCUCUUCAUACGUGCCAACAGCACUUUCUACCUCAAGUUCAGGAAGGACUGAUUUAUCACCUUUGGUUCAGUGCACUGAUCACAUGUGUCCAAUCCGUAUCCACUGGCAUAUUAAGAUCAACUAUAAAGCUUACUGGAGGGUGAAGAUGACCGUUACAAAUUUCAAUUACAGAAUGAACUAUUCGCAGUGGAAUCUCGUAGUCCAGCACCCCAACUUUGACAAUCUCACCCAGAUUUUCAGCUUCAACUACCAGCCAAUAACGCCAUACGAAUCCAUAAAUGACACUGCAAUGCUGUGGGGAAUCAAGUUUUACAACGACCUAUUGAUGCAAGCGGGGCCUUUGGGUAAUGUGCAAUCUGAGAUGAUCUUCCAAAAGGAUAAAUCCAAGUUCACGUUCGACAAAGGGUGGGCGUUCCCGAGGAGGGUUUACUUCAAUGGAGAUAACUGUGUAAUGCCGCCACCAGAUUCAUAUCCGUACCUUCCAAAUGCCGGUACCCGGACCGUUCUUUAUCUUCUUCAAACUCUGGCAGCAAUCUUUGCAUCUCUGGUUCUACUACUCACAUGUGGUUAAUAAUAUUUGGCUGAUGGAAUUAACAAGUGCAAUUCUUUUGUUAUCUAAGCUUAAGUUAAUGGUGGGCAAACUAAUUGAUUGAUGCUCUACUGCUGCUAUUUGAGUUAAGAGUAUAUGGCUCUGUGGUGCUUUAGAACAUCAAAUUAGGACGGAUCAUAUUGUCCUACUUAUUCUAUUGUAAAUGAUUGAGUUUUUUUGCGCCAUUCACUCCCGAUCUUUUCAAAAAUUGCACGGAUUCUACAUGAACUUUAAAAAUUGUACUAAUGCACCCUAAACUUUUAAAAAUGUUGCACAAAUGGCUCCUUUGCACCUGAUCUGGGAGUGUGUUAAGCACACGCUCAUUUUGCAGAAUAAGUUAUCGGAUCCGGA